UUAAAUUGUUUAUUUUUAAUUUCUGCUUAAUUAUCAUGAUAUCAUCUGGCCAACGUGACAAAUACCAAAUAAUUAACCAAUCCAAGUCGAGAUCACGCGAGCGUCGCAGCUGGCCGGCGCGUGCGCAGCCACUUCCUCUGAUCUUUGACUCGGACAAUUGCACGCAUCUGCCUUCGCUCCCUCUAUGAUAUAAGAUCUUUAAAUUGGACCGAUAUCUCCCCUCGGCCGGCGACGCGCGGGAAGGCAGCGGAGGGGAGGGGAGCUCCAUGAAUCUUGGCCUGGAUUAGUCAGCAAUGCCUAGAUACUGCUGCGGUUCGAUACAGUCCAUGUGUUGUAGACAACUCAAUACAAUAAAGUUCAAACUCGAAUGCUUGAACCGCAGAGUAAUAAUUGUAAGGAAGCACGUUACUCAAUCCUUUAUUGUCAUAAGGAUAUGAAUUGAAGUGGUUCGCGAUCAACGAGGUGUUUCCGCCUCAGCUGUUUAUAAAGUGUAUUAACUCAACAUACUGUUUGGACACCUACUUGAAGUGAGCAAACUUUUUGCUGUAAAAACUCUUCACGAAAUCUGUCAAAAAGUGACAUUGUAAAAUGGCUACAUAAAAAUGGAAAAGUCAAAACAAUUCAUCCGAUAUGACCCACAAACAAGUCAAGUUUGGUAGAGGCAAACGAUGGCGGAAAGUGAAAACGAUCGUCGAAGACUACGAGCGAGUAAACGAGAUCAGGAGACCGGUGCUGCUGAGCUGCGAUGAUUUGGAACGGAUGGCCGUAGAGAGCUCCAGGGCGAGGCUCAUCAGUCACUUAGUCAGCAAGUCCACUGACCACUCUGUAAGAGAGUUCACCUCGUACAACCACGAACCUGUCAUUGAUCCUCCCAGUUAUCCUACUAGUUAUCCUACCAGUUAUCCUACCAGUUUUCCUACCAGUUAUCCUACCAGUUUUCCUACCAGUUAUCCUACCAAUUAUCCUACCAGUUUUCCUACCAGCGAUCCUACCAGCAUUCCUACCAGCUAUGACGACCCUCCGUACUCGCCCUCGCCGCACGCCGAUCGAAUGCCAAUGCAAGUGGAACAAGUGUUAUCUGCUUACCCUUCAAUCGUCGAGCAGCCGUGGUGUCCUUAUGCUCCUUACUCGCCUGUUUCGGAAGUAGAUUUAGUUGUCGGACACAACUACGUAUGUAAAUGUGGAAAAUGCAAAAUGAGACACUGUCCAGCUAGGAGUAUGUCCAAAAAGAGGUCGGGUUUCUUUAAGGAUAACAUCAUGACGUUUUGUGAUCGGUACACGAUGACACAAAAGCUGAACGAUACGGCAAGCGGACGCACUCCUACCCCUUCAAAGCCCGAAUGUUAUGAGGAGGAGUAUUGCACAGACGCCCGGUGUCCUCCGUCCCUGGUGGCCGUGAGAAACAUGGAAGGUAAACUACAAAUUCACGAGAUGUAUAGUAAUCGUAAAGGUCGGCCUGUACCAAUUCUAAAGAAAUGCUGUAAUGAUCCAUGUUUUGACUAUGAAUACACCACCACACGAGCAAUGACUAAUAAUUAUCCAAACGAUGAAGUUCUUGAGGUCAAACCGGUGGGACCAAGAUCAGCGAAAUAUUAUAAACCAGACAGAGCUUCGCUCGAUGAUAGCGAUGUACUGUCCAGGAAAAAUUUAUACAAUGAAGGUAUAAGUGACAGGAUUGCGAAUAAGUUUCCUAUGGUUCCAAAGAAGCCGCCUUCUCCUCCAGAACGUAGCAGGACAUCGUUGGCCACGCAUUGCGGGUCAGAACACAACUACAUCCCUUACUCACACAGAAGUGAUUCUAAGUAUCACACUUGUUGCAAAAAGCCUCUUGAGAAGCGUUAUGUUGGUGAUGAAUUUGGUACAAAACUUCCUCCUGUUCCGGCCCCCAAGAUAGUUUGCAAGAAGCACACACCACCUGUCACCAAGACUUGCAAGCGGUGCAAGGAGCCGCCGCGCUGCAUCAAGCUUCCUAAGAAGGUCCUGACAUCCGAGAAGGUGAUAGAGGCAACCGCCGCGGACAAGCACAGCAAAGAAACGACAGCCUGCAGAAGAGUUAGGCCGACCGACUAGCUGGACGCCGUCGUGUCCUCGACGAAACAGUUUACAGAUACAAAUCAAUAUAAAAUCGUUAAUCAUG